AUGUCUAUUGUACCAUCAUCAGUAGCAUAUGAGGAAUAUCUUAGUGAACAGCUCGUCAAUUGUAUAAAUCUUCAAACAAAUGUUAUACAUAGUUUAUCACAGUAUUCUCAACAUAUUUCAUUACAACUAUUUGAAAUUAAGAGCAAUGUAGAAAUAUUAACAAAUCGAGUUAUAAAUCUUCAUCAACAACAAUUGGAGCAGCAGCAACAGCAGCAACAGCAGCAACUAUCUUAUUUUCUUCCUUCUAUGCAAGCACAUCUACCAAUACCGCUACCAGAUCCUUUGCUCUUUCUUCGACAAGCAUUACAAGUACCUUCACCAUUAAAUGAACCAUUCUUUCACGAUAUAUCUAAUCUAACGACAGAACCAGCACCAUUUUCAUUUUUGACAACAACAUAUCAGGAACCAUCACGCAAUGCUCCAUUUGUUUUCGACUCGAUAUUUUCAAAUAAUACUGCUCAUCUAGCUGAUGAAGUCGAUAAUGAAUAUGACACUGAUGAACGAGAUAUACGUAUUGAACCUAUUAUAACAUUACUACCUGUUGAAGUUAAAACCGGAGAAGAAGAUGAAAAUAUUCUUUUUUGUGAACGUGCAAAACUCUAUCGUUUUGACACAUUAACAAAUGAAAUGAAAGAACGUGGAAUUGGUGAAAUGAAAAUAUUACAACAUAAAACAUCAAAACAAUGUCGAAUAUUAAUGCGUCGUGAGCAAGUAUUUAAAAUAUGUGCUAAUCAUAGAAUAACAUUACAAAUGGAAUUAAAACCACAUCAAGGCAAAGAAAAUGCAUAUAUAUGGUCAGCAAUGGAUUAUGCAGAUGGUAAAGCUAAACAUGAAAUAUUAUGUGUAAAAUUCAAAACCGAUGAACAAGCAAAACAAUUUGUAAAAAUAUUUAAUCAAGUAAAAACAAUGAAUCAAAAUGAAAUUGAUAAUAUAUCAUUAAUUAAAAAUAUUUCAUUAAAUGAUGAUGAUAUUGUUAUCAUUGGUGAAGUUCAACCAACAAAAGAACAAAUUCAACGAGCAGAAUAUCUUCAGUUACCACGUACAUUUUAUUUAUAUGAAAAUAAAGAACCUUGUAAAGGUUGUCGUGGUUGUAAAGAAGAUUUCUCGGACGAAGUCCCAUUUGGUAAUCCAAUAAGCUAUUAUAAUGAUGAUGAUGCUGCUACUGCUGCUGCUAUUCUAGAAAAUCUUACAAAUUUUCCUUCGGGUUUCUUUCCAAACUCUUCUCUUCCUGCAUUAAUGUCAAUGAUGCCUACUUGGUUUCCUGGUGGAGUAGAUCCUUUAUCUUCCUUGAAUAUACCUUCUCCUCCAAAAGAUAAUCGAAUGAUAAUAAAAGCUAAACGUUCUCUACCAAGUAAUCGUUUACCUCCACCACCACCAUCUCAACCGUCACCUUCUGAUUAUGAACAAUUUUCUUCUGGAACUAAUGCAGAAGAUGAACGAGUAACAGUUCAAACACAUCAAAAGAAAUCACGAAAUUUUUCCGGUAAUAAUACUGAAUCUUAUUCACUAAAUACUUAUGCUACACAAAUGGUACAAAAUAUUUUAACUCAAGCUAAACAAGAGCUUUCUAAACAAAUAGAAAUAGUAACAAUCAACGAAGAUAAAACUAUGCAAUCUCAACAUGAUAAUAAUAAUAAUCCGUCCAUUUUUGCUAAUUCUUCUACAGCUAUUCUUGCAAAUUUAGUACCAGUAAAACCAAAUACUAAUGCUUUUUCUUUUACUGAUUUUGAUAAAUCAUCAUCAUCAAUACCUGUAAUUGGAUUUCAAUUUUCAACAACGAAUUCAUCGACAAUAACAACUAAUACUUCUUCAAUAUUUACAUUUGGAAAUACACCAAAACUUAGUUUUGCUGAUCUAGUUAAACAAUCUUCUGAUAAUAAAUUAACUACUGAUGACACAGAACAAAGAAUUUUCCCUGGACAUGGCUCACUUAUAUUUCAUAAAAAUGAUGAUCAUGAAGCUGAUAAUGAAAAUGACAAUUAUGAACCACAAAUAACUUUUAAACCUAUUGUAAAAUUACUACCUGUUGAAGUUAAAACCGGAGAAGAAGAUGAAAAUAUUCUUUUUUGUGAACGCGCUAAACUUUCUCGUUUUGAUGCACCAACAAAAGAAUGGAAAGAACGUGGAAUUGGUGAAAUGAAAAUAUUACAACAUAAAACAACAAAACAAUGUCGAAUAUUAAUGCGUCGUGAGCAAAUAUUUAAAAUAUGUGCUAAUCAUAGAAUAACAUCACAAAUGGAAUUAGAACCACAUCAAAGUAAAGAAAAUGCAUAUAUAUGGUCAGCAAUGGAUUAUGCAGAUGGUAAAGCUAAACAAGAAACAUUAUUUGUAAGAUUCAAGACAGAUGAUCAAGCUAAACGAUUUUAUCAGCAAUUUAAUGAUGCCAAGCAAAUAAAUACUAAUAUUCAACAGUGA